GAGAAUAUCAACCAGCAAAGUAACAAUUCUGGGGUAUGGCCUGUUAACUUCUGAUGCACAGACUUUAAUAGACACUUUGUACAGGCAGAACUUUAAGGUAGUUGUGGUUGAUGAAUCACACUAUAUGAAAUCCAGAAAUGCCACCCGCAGCAAGAUUUUGUUGCCAAUUGUGCAGAAAGCUCUUAGAGCUAUUCUUCUUACUGGAACUCCUGCUCUAGGAAGACCUGAAGAGCUUUUCAUGCAGAUUGAGGCACUGUUUCCAAGAAGAUUUGGAACUUGGAGUGAAUAUGCCAAAAAAUACUGCAAUGCUCGUGUCAGGUUUUUUGGUAAAAGAACUCAGUGGGACUGUAGAGGAGCUUCAAAUUUAGAAGAACUACAUCAACUUUUAAGUGAAAUAAUGAUCAGAAGACUGAAGAACGAUGUUCUAACUCAGUUGCCUCCCAAAGUCAGGCAACGUAUUCCAUUUGACCUCCCACAAGCUGCAGCUAAGAAUUUGAAUACCACUUUUGCAGAGUGGGAGAAAUUAAUGAGAAAUCUGAGUUCAGAUGCCACUGAAAGCCACUUUUCUCAAGUCAUGAACCUAAUCACACGCAUGUAUAAAGAAACAGCCAUUGCCAAGGCAGGAGCAGUAAAGGACUAUAUCAAAAUGAUGCUUGAAAAUGACAAACUGAAGUUUCUAGUUUUUGCUCAUCACUUAAGCAUGCUUCAAGCCUGUACAGAGGCAGUUAUAGAAAAUAAGGUUCGCUACAUACGAAUAGAUGGGAGUGUUCCUUCUGCAGAAAGAAUACAUCUUGUCAAUCAGUUUCAGAAGGAUCCUGAUACCCGGGUUGCUAUUUUGAGUAUUCAAGCAGCUGGUCAGGGUUUAACUUUCACUGCUGCUACUCACGUUGUGUUUGCUGAAUUAUAUUGGGAUCCAGGCCACAUUAAGCAAGCAGAAGACAGAGCACACCGAAUUGGGCAGUGCAGUUCUGUGAAUAUUCACUUCCUCAUUGCAAAAGGAACAAUGGAUACUCUUAUGUGGGCAAUGCUGAAUCGCAAGGCCAAAGUUACAGGCAGCACCCUAAAUGGCAAGAAAGAGAAAAUGCAGGCUGAAGAAGGUGAUAAGGAGAAAUGGGAUUUUUUGAGUUUUGCUGAGACCUGGACCCCAAAUGAAAGUCUAGAGGAUCCCAAAAAUGAACUUUUAUUUACACAUUUUGAAAAGGAAAAACAGCAUGACAUACGUUCUUUCUUCUCCCCAAAAUCCUCCACUGAGAAGAAACGCAAAAUAUUUGCUGGUAAUGACUCGUUACAUAAUGAUCCAGAAUCUUCUGAAGUCUUGAAAGAAGAGGAUGCAGAGAAGAGCAACGAAAACCUGGAUCCCACAAGAAUAAGUGAUGUGGAUACAAUAUGUCAUGAAAGUACCUGUGAACGAGAAGCUAAAAGAGCAAGAAGCAUAAGUGGAUCUUCUCCAGUCAUCUCCAGUAACAAAAAGAAAAAAUCUUUGACUGGAAAAAAGCCCUCUUUGUUUUCAGAAAACAACAAUGAAGUCUUUCCUUGUGGCUUCAGUACUUCAAGCAAAAGUACGGCUUUAAAUAAAGUUUGGCACUGUAGUGCUUGCACUUACAGUAAUAAUGAGUUGCUCCCUUACUGUGAAAUGUGCAACUGCCCUCAGAGCAGCAAUGUUGAGAGAAAAGGUGAAGCUUCCACGAGUCAAACUGAGGAAGACGUGUCAAAGGACUCCAGAAGAAAUGAAGAGAGCGCAGAGUGUGAUGCUGAAGAUAGGAGAGAAGAGGUUGGGGAAAUGGUGACCCAGCAAUCUGUUGAAAUCAGCGAACAGGAAACUGUUGAAAUUGAAAAUGGAGAAAAUGAAAAAAAGUGUGGAGAAGGAGAUGCAGGUAAAUCGGAGUAUGUUGAAAUAUAUGAUGGGCUUAUGUUUUGUGCAAGCAGGAAUACUGAUAGAAUUCACCUCUAUACAAAGGAUGGUGAACAACUGAAUCAUAAUUUCAUUCCGUUGGACAUACAGCUGGAUAACUGGGAGGAUUUACCGGAGACUUUCCAGCAUAAACGAAAUCGUUCAUCGAUACUGAGGUUUGUGAAAGAAUGGAGUCAUCUGACAGCGAUGAAACAGAGGAUUGUCAGAAAAAGUGGUCAGGUAUUUUGUAGUCCUAUCCAUGCUGCAGAGGAGUUGUCUAAAAAGCAGUCCGCAGUCAGCAGCACAAAAAGGUACGUGACCAAGGAGGAUGUCGCAGCAGCCUCACUUAUCAAAGCCAGCAGCAGCGGGGGCAGCGUGCGCCUCAUCUCAAAAGAAAGUAGGGUUUGUGUGAAGAGGGAGAACGCUUCUGUUGAAGAAUCGGGUCAUUCAACAAAGUUGCUCUCAGAAAAUGGGAAAGGUCCAUCAGCUCUUCUCUCGGCGCAGACUGAAGCUGAAGGCUCCCCCCUCUCCAAAGGGUAUUUGCAAGCCUUGGACAGCCAAGGGAACCCGCUGUGUCUCAGCUGCCAGCAGCCGACAGCUCACCUUGAGCCAGGCUGCCAGGCCCGUGCUUGGGACACACGGUUCUGCUCUCAUGCCUGCCAGGAGGACUUCUCGAUUCGCUCUAGUCAGAGCUACCUUAGGACUAAAGUGUUUGAAAUUGAACAUGGUGUUUGCCAGUUUUGUAACCAAAACGCCCAGGAGCUUUAUCUCCGCAUCAGAGGUGCGCCCAAGAGUCAGCGGAAGAAACUUCUGGAGAGUUCUUGGAUGUCUCACCUUCCGCUUGGGCAGUUGAAUGAAAUUAUAACAAACCCGACGGAAGGCCAGUUCUGGCAGGUAGACCACAUCAAGCCCGUUUACAGUGGAGGAGGACAGUGCUCCCUGGAAAACCUUCAGACUCUGUGUACGGUCUGCCACAGAGAGAGAACUGCAAAUCAGGCCAAGGAAAGAAGCCAGAUGAAGAGGCGCUCUUUAGCUACAAAGUACGGCUGUGAUAUCACACAAUUUUUUGUGAAGAUGUAA